AUGAUGGGAGAAACAGAAAGAGAAAGAGAAGAAGAGGAAUUAGAACGAAAAGAAGGCAAGGAUAAGAAGAAGGAGGAGGAGAAAGAAACAGUGUGUGUGGAACGUGGUUGGCGGGUGUGGGAGGGGGCGGUGGAGGGGUCAGAGGAGUGGGGGGCGGCGUGCCCCUCCUGGAAUAUAUGGUGGAGACACGGAUUUCCCCCCGGGGUUUAUCGCAGACUUAAACCCUACCAGGUAAUCAACCACAUACCUCGUGCCAAUGGUCUGUGUAGGAAGGACAGUCUGGCCCGGGCACUACAGAAGAUGAAGCAUGUGUUUGGGGCUGUCUUUGAUUUUAUCCCUGCAACGUACCUGCUGCCGUGUGAGUACACCAAGCUGGUGGCUGAGUACACGCGACUCAUGUACCACAGCAAGCAGGAUCAGGGGCCCAAGAGUCCAGCAGGAAGCACAGGUCACUCAGCGUCCCUCGGGUCAAGCCAAACACCAGGUCAGGUCAGCCAAGACGCAGCAUCACACAACAUCUGGAUUUGCAAGCCUAUUGGCAGUUCUCAGGGACGAGGCAUAUCCAUCUUCCAGGACCUGCACGAGCUGAGCUAUACCACGAGUGCUGUGGUACAGAGGUACAUCCACAACCCCCUGCUGGUGGGAGGCUACAAGUGUGACGUGAGGCUCUACGUAUUGGUCACCUCCUUCCUUCCACUCACCGUCUAUAUGUACACGGAGGGCAUUGUCAGGUUUGGCACUGAGAAGUACAGUCUCGCAUCUCUGGACAACAUCUUCAGCCACCUGACCAACACGUCCCUCAACAAACAGGCUCCUGGCUACAGGAUGGAGAAGGAGAGGGUCGGAGCUGGUUGCAAGUGGACUGUGGGUGAGCUGAGGAGGUACCUGGGUAGCAGUGGUCAACCAGACUGGUUGCUGUGGCAGCGAGUGUGUGUACUCGUCUCUCUCACACUUCUUACCCAGGUCGGACACGUCCCUCACCACCACAACUGCUUCGAACUCUACGGCUUCGAUAUCCUGGUGGAUGACACGCUAACACCGACACUGCUGGAGGUCAACAGGUGUCCCUCUCUGAGCUACGACUGUGACGUGGACCGGGUGGUCAAGAAGCCACUGCUGCAUCACCUCUUCGACCUGCUGGGGCCUCCCAAGGUAGCCGAGCCCCUGGGGCGAGGUCUCAGACCCCCUGUACUCAUUCUCCUUGCCCGUGAGAGAAACAAGAAAGAGAGCGAGAGAGACGCUGCACUUCUUAACCACAACUUCUUCACCGCCUUCGACCUGAAGCAGUACAGCCGACUCAUGGAGAACUUGGAGGUGUUCCGACCUCGGAAGAACCGGAGCAGUGUGUGUGAGGACUGUGAGGAGGGAGCUAGUGGGCUGAGGACACCCAGUACGCCUCCUACUGCCCACCGCGCCUUACCAAACUCCUACUGCAUUGAUAACAAUCGAGUGGCCAAUAAGAGAGACUCUCAUAGGAACCCCAGUACAAAAGUUGUCCCUGCGUCAGGGGUAGGGCGCUGCGGUGCUUCACGCAGACGGCGGUCUAUAUCAUCUCUCUCAGGCGUCCCUCACGACCCUCUAGUGCCGGAGGAACUCAGCCUGGACACCUUCGUCCCUCUAACUUUCAACACGACGUUCCAGCGUGUACGUCGACAGUUCGUUAACAACCACCACAGCAGCAGGGGUUAUAUGUCUCUGGUGAAGGAAGGUCGGGACAGCCAGAUGCUUGAUAUAGUCGGCAGCAGUCGGCCCGGUUCCUCCCGGCGUGGCGAGGGAGGUCGGGGACCUCAGCGAUGCCCAGCCAGAUGUGGGGACUGGGUGAGAACUUUCCCUUACAACGCUGCCACGCUCCACGCCAGUAAAGAUCCACUGUACACCAAGACUCUGGCUGAGCUGCACAAGUACAAGCGAGCAUGUGAGAAGGUGUUCAGGGAGAACCCAGCUGCCUCAGACGACUUCCUCGACGCUCUAGUUCAGAAAAUGUUGUGGAGAGACAGCGUUAUAUGGAGGCCCAAAACUUAACACAGUGGCGUGCCAAAGUUUAGCCUCCAUCUUGUAGUGUCAGUAGACGUGUAGAUGUUUUUUCUCACCUCAAACAAAAAACUCCACUGCCAAAAUAUAUGUUAGCAUCUUGCAACUGUCCACUCGUCUUUUUCAAAAUGUGACGAGCAUAUUUUGUGCCUUUUUUCACAUCCUCAUUUAGUAUAUAGAUCUUAGAGUCCUCUGAAUAUUCAUUCAUCCAGAUCCCGUGAAUAAGACCCGUGAAUAAGACACGAUAUAAGUUUCAUGUCAACCUGUUGAGAAGACAUUUCGUCUGCCUCAUCAAUUCACUAGUGAAAUGACUCAUGAACUCGUAAUAACACGAAUGUAAACCACGGAACGGGUGGGUUUGAACCCUUAUGGCGAGUUUAAGAACUCAUUCACCAUGGGGUUCAAACCCCACCCGUUCCGUGGUUUACAGUCGUAUUAUUACGAGUUCAUGAGUCAGUUCACUCGUAAACUGAUCAAGUCCCCUUGAACGACAAGCGAUUUCAAUAAAAAUGCCACAAAUCGCAUACCUUAUUAACAUACUAGUCGACAUACUCUGCCAUGGGUAUACAUCCCUUGAGUCCGUGUCCCAUACGGAGUUCCAGGCGCUGUAUGACCUCUUGGGUUUAGCGCCUCCCCAUGACAAUGAGACUAACACAGCGUCCACCACUCUCCUUCCUAACUCCCGCUUGGAUCUAGUUUUUUUCAGUCUGUUCAUAACCAGAGGAAACCAUGUGUAUAA